AUGGUGCCUCCCUAUUCACCCCUCCAGCUGGCCGUAGAGAAGGAUGAUCUCUGCAUUCCGCUGAUCGACUUCAGUCCGUUCUAUUCGGGCACCCCAUCCGAUAAACAUGCCCUAGCCCUAUCCAUGACCAACGCCCUCAAGGCUUCGGGCUUCCUCUACCUCAAGUCCCAUGGCAUUCCUCCCAGUGUGGUCUCGCGAGUAUUCGCUGCUUCAGCCCACUUCUUCGCCCGACCCCAGAUGCAGAAGGAUGAGCUGGGCUGGACUACUCCACAGUCGAACCGUGGUUAUGUCGCAGUGGGCCGCGAGCGCCUCGCAGGCCAGAUGGAUCUGAAGGAAACUAUGGAGAUCGGUCUGGAGGGUGUGGUAGGACAUCCCAACCACUGGCCUGACCAUUUUGACGACGAAGGGAGAGACUUUAAAGAACUCAUGCUCUCUUUCUUCGACAUGUGCAAGAACCUACACGUUCAGAUCAUGAGCGCCAUUGCUCUGGGGAUGAGGCUGCCCGUGAACUUCUUUGACGCGUUCAUUGAUCAUGGUGACAACAAUUUGCGCUUAUUACACUACCCGCCUGUUCGCAAGGAUCUCUUUCAUCAAAAUCUAAACCAGGUGCGCGCCGGCGAACAUAGCGACUACGGAUCGAUCACGCUUCUCUUCCAGGAUUGCCACGGUGGACUGCAGGUGCGCAGCCCGAAGGGCACAUUCGUCGAUGUGAUCCCGAUUGCAGACACUAUUAUUGUGAAUGCGGGAGACCUGCUGGCUCGCUGGUCCAAUGACACCAUCCGCAGCACUCGCCACCGAGUUAUUGAGCCCCCUAGGCCUGUGGUGGAAGAACCCUCCACUCCUACUUCCGAAUCAUAUCCCUCGAGAUACAGCAUUGCCUAUUUUUGCAACCCCAACCGAAAUGCACAGAUUGAAGCCCUGCCGGGCACUUUUGGUGAGUAUGUCCAGAGGGACAAGAAGUACGAGGCGAUCACGGCAGGAGAGUAUUUGCUUCAGAGAUUGACUGCGACCAUCUAA